AAUACAUAGAGAGAAGUGCGACGAACAUCGACGCGUUUGAAGAAUGGUGAAUAUGGAAGGAUCGAGCGAACAGCACACGGUGACAGCCUCGCCGCCGCCGCGGGCUGCUUUAAAGAGCAGCUUCAGCAUUCGCAGUAUCCUACCGGAAGCCUGUGCCGGAACUCCAGCGCCGACAGUCAGCCGGUCGGCCUCUCCCGAGAUCAGUCACGUCGACGAUAGCGAGGACUCGAGCGAUCUCGACGUGACCGGCGACGGCGGCAACGAGACACCGCCGCUGGACUGUUCCAGAAACGCCGCGAACUCGAUGAACUCCUCCGAGCAGAAGGACUCGAAGGAUCGGCAGACGGACGAGAAAAAGAAGUGCGAGAAACCACCGUACAGUUACAACGCGUUAAUCAUGAUGGCCAUCCGACAAAGUCCGGAGAAAAGGCUCACACUGAACGGCAUCUACGAGUACAUCAUGCGCCAUUUUCCUUAUUACGAGAACAACAAGCAAGGCUGGCAGAAUUCCAUCAGGCAUAAUUUGUCGUUGAACAAGUGUUUCGUUAAAGUUCCUCGCCAUUACGACGAUCCUGGCAAGGGAAAUUACUGGAUGCUGGACCCGAGCUCGGAGGACGUUUUCAUCGGCGGUACCACCGGUAAACUUCGCCGUAGAACCACAGCAGCAUCGAGAUCGCGACUCGCCGCGUUCAAAAGAAGCGUCGUCCUUGGCGGACUGUAUCCAACGGCAUACGCGCCACCUGGUUGGCCAGCAUCCCUGUACACGCUUCCGUAUCUGCAUCGUGCCGCUGGUUAUCCACCGGCAACCGGCGCCUACUCCACUCCGGCCGGUUAUCCAGCAAGCUUAUUGCCCGGCGCGGCGACGAGCUCGGCGAACAGUUUACCCUGCAAACCUCAACCGCUGCCAGCGACCGCUGCACCUCCGGCACACGGGCCCUUCUCCAUGGAAAGGUUGCUGCAGCCUCCGACAGCCGCCGGAUAUCCGAGCGGUAUCGCUGCCUCCGGCAUUCCAGUCUCCGGCAAUCCGUACGACUUUUACUCCACCCUGAGGUCGUUGGCUGCGCAUCAACAACACCAGAGCAACGCCGCCGUAUUCGCUCACAAUCAACAACCAGCCAGGUACCACGUGAAUCAGUCUUCAGUUUUGGGACAACCGACCUCAGCCACGGCAUCGCCUGGAAGCAGUCCCGAGCCUAUGUCACCGCAUUCACCACCAGUCACCAUUUGCAAUUCCGCCGCGGCCGCAGCCGUUGCGAUUCAACAGCCGAGAUCUCUUCCUCACAGUCCGCCACAGUUGCUGCUCAAACCGAUCACCGUACUCACCGGAAGACAAAGUUGAACGAAUU